AUGCGUCUUCACUACGGGACAGGCGCACGUCGUGGGGAUGGUUGGGUGAGGUCAAUGGAACUCCGCUAUUCCGAAGCUGACAAUCGGGAAAGUUGCGUUGGAGACGAAAUUGCGGCAGUGGAUUAUGGAUCAGAGGCCCAGCAUUUAUCACCACAACCGCAUGGAAGUGAAUGGGAGAUUGAAGAGCAACUCUGUGCGCCUAACUUGGUACAAAUGAAAGGAAUUACUGUGCUAUCGACUGACAUCUUAAAACUGACUCAUGUCGCAGUCAUGUCUGGUCUGUUGCCCCCGGGGGCUCGAAGACGUAAAUGUGGGAGCCGGAUGGCCUAUUCCGACCCGGAUGUCGCGGUUGUCGUUCACACCGAAUUUCAUCAGGCCAUUGCCACCAUCCUAUAG